GGGGGGUCCAGAGACAUAAUCAAUUAAACUAGUAAAAACUUAAGCCGAUUUAUGCAAGAUUCUGUUAAAAAAUCUCCCCAGCUCAGUAAGUGUCCCUGAAGUGGCUGGAAUGUUUUCAUGAAAGCCUCUCUGGCUCUAACAUGGUGUUUCUGACACCGUCAGUUUUCCUCCUGCAGUCUGUUCGGGAAGGUUCUCCGUGUUCCAAAACCUUACAUUUCAGCAGUAGAAACAGGAGCAUGAGCAGUUCACUGAUGCUCUUGCAGCCUUUUGUCCUGUGUUUUAUUUCAGCUGCUCAGUGACCACAGCCCUCCUCCUUUACCUGAGUGAUUACAGGUAAAGACCAUUGGACACACCGUAGCUUAACAAUCGGUGUGUUUCCUUAUUACUGGACCUGCCUAUGAAGAACUAGAGCACAAUGUCUGAUUGUUGCUGACUGACAUUACACUGCAGCUGAGACAAGCCAGGAAUGUGAAACUUAUCAUGUAUUUAUAGUUCCUCUUCGUGUGUUUUGUCUUCACCUAAAUCAUUUCUGCUUUCCUUCCUGACCAGCUUACUCAUUGGAUGAAAGAUUCUUGUUUCUUCUCCAGGGAACGAACCCUUUUCACGAGAAAAGAGUUUGAGACUGAAGCAGGACUGGAUUGCAGUGACUUUCAGUUUCAUUUCUUGAGUUUGAUGACAGUGAAACAGCUGGAGGGAGGGAGGAGGUAUAAAAGCAGAACAGGAAAUGUUCAGCUUCAGUAGGACUGUGCAGGAGUUGGACCACCUGCCCAAAGGCAAAGCUGGAUUCCACUGCCAGCCUGGUAGUAUCUUCAGAAGAACUGGUUGUGCAGAGAAACAAAGAGUUUCAUAAGAGCCAGGAUCUACGCAGUCAGGGUGCAGGGUCCCUGCAUUUGGAAGGGAAAUGGAAGACAGUAGAAGAAAAGACGAAGUUCUGAAAAAGAAGACUCAGGAGUGCCACAGACCUGCAGCAUUGAAGACACUAGAGUCUGUUGCCAGCAGGAGCUCUGAGAAUCCUCUAGGCCUUGUAUCAGGCUCCUCCACCUCUUCAUGUACUCCUGAAACACAACCCUUUACUGGAUGCAAACCUAAAGAACAAGCGACCCAACAGCCGAGAAUACUAGAGGAGAAGAAGAAGAACCAGCCAACUGUUCCAUCAAUGGACCAGCUCCAUUCCAGCAGCUUUGGGCAGCUUGGGGAAGACUUUCCUCUCCAGCAGGGAAAGUCUCUUUAUGACACACUGGAACCACAGCAGGAGUCUGCUCAGCCAGAGGCAGCAGCAAAAGCUAAGGACACUCCACUGAGGACAGCCUCAGCAAAGCCCAAACAACAAAAAGAACUGAAUAAAAAGCAACAAGCCAUUGAAGCCGCCUCCCUAAACAGGCCUGACACCUCAGCUGCUACUAACAUGGCCACAGGAGAAAAAAGCCGGGCUAAAGAAGGCAACAGCUUAGAUGCAUAUUACGCCCAGAUGCGAGAGGUCCAUGGCAGGAACAUGCGGGCCUCGGAGGCCAGGAGAGAGCCCACAUGUUGGAGGAACAACAGAGCUGCAGACCCAGAGGCCAUCAACCGUUUGGCAGAGAGUGUGAUGCGAGACAUUGCUGCUGAGGGAGACCUGGUCACCACAGAAAGGGUGAUAAGCAAGAUGCUUUCAAUGAUUCCAUCUUUGGACCCACAUAGGCUGACGCCAAGGAUCCUUCCAGCUCUGAAUAAUCUUCAGUACCUCACGAGGGAGAUCAAUAUGUUCAUAGAGGCCACCGAGGCAGUGUCAUGCAUCUGCACCCUGCAUGAGCUGGGCCAGACUCUGGCAGCCCUUAAAGACAAGAAGCAUUAUGAGGAGCUGAGCCUUGGACCCCUGUGUAAACUCCCUGUCAUCUACCGCAUGUUCAAGAUCGACAGUAACACUAAAGACGAUGACAUUCCUAAAAUCAGGACUGUCGACAUUUUAAAGCAACUCUACAUUUUCAGAAAAAACAAGAAAGAACCAAAGUUAGACUUGGCCGAGUUUAUGAAGCAUCUGGCCGAUCACUAUAACUGUGAGUUUCCUUACGAGCUGGGAAUCCGGAUUAGCAGCUUUGGUCUGCCUAUAUCAACUGUCUCCAAAGUGACUCGCUCUGAGCGCACAGUGCUAGAGCAAUGCAGAGAGGUCAUCCAGAAGGAGCUGGAGCAGGAGACGCUUGAACAUCUCAGGAAGAUUAAGGAGAACGUCUUCAGACCUCUGCAAAGCACAGGCUUCUUCUCCACCAUAAACAUGGACGUCAGAAAGAAGUAUGCCUCUAUGCCAGCUGCUGAAGUGGUGCUGACAGUCCUUUCUAAUGCCAGCAGAGUGUUCACCCCACGGAUGGCUAAGCACUUUGAAAACUUCCUGAUAAAAGUAUCAGAUGAUCAACUGACAAAAGCCCUGUUUCAGCUGGCCAUCUGUGGAGGCUCCCUGGCUGCUCCCCAGGAUUUAGUGCCCAAAGAGAAAACCCCCCAAAAGACGGAACAAAGCCAAGCAGUGGACAGAGAUGUCACAGCCCUCCCCUGUGAAGCCAAGGUGAAGGAGUUUCUCAAAGAAAGCCUGAGGAGUCAGAACUCCGCCGUCACUCUGGCCCACAUUGCUGCCCUGGAGAGGAAGCUAACCAAACACUUUCACAUAAAAGAUUUUCUCUCUUUAGAGCGAGGGACCUUCCUGGAUUUCCUGGUGAAAAACAUUCAGCUGCUGCAGGAAUCUCUGGGAUCACUCCUGUUCCUGGAAAACAACAAGAACCUGUCCGGAUGUGGCUUCAGACCCAGCAAACAAGAUGUAUUUGAGUUCAUCCAGCAGUGUGGCAAUGUAGCCUCCUCUGAUCCCAAUGAACUGUCUUGCGUGGAGUCAGCUCUGAGGGCUCACUACAGCGUCCGGGACAGUCGUGACCUUGGCUACGGGCCUCUGCCAACGCUGGCUGGGCUGGUCCAACGGCAGAGGGAGCUCAGCGCCAGAGGACUGAGCUUGAUCUACUAUGAGUCAGCUUUAGUGUCCAAACACAAAGACGAAAGCACUGAAAGUGGGUCUGAGUGUGUGGGACGUCUAGGUGAGGUGUCCAAAGAUCAGGCCCUCGCCAGUUUACUCUGCUGUCCACUGCUGGAAGACUUAAGUGACUGGAGCCAAUGGGAUUACAUCUUCAAGUCCCUUCAUGGCCCCCUGAAAGACUUCAUCGAAAGAAAUGCAGCAAAUACAGGGCUGGCAGCAUUGGAGGUGAGACCAGGCCUGUUACUCAAGAUCACCACCGACACAGGAGACAAACACUUCUGCAGUGCCGUCGCCGCCCUGGACUCUGUUGGCACCGCUGGUCAUCUGGUGUCCAUGGUGGUUGCAGACGGAAUCAGGAAUGCUCCCACAGCCCUCCUGGCCAAUCACAUGCAGAGCGCUCUGGCAGAGGCCAUGGCCAAAGAAGAUCUUUCCCAGGCUGAAGAGGACAUUUCCUGUUACAGCAGAGUGGCGACGUUUCUGCUGGACUGUUUGAUACGGAUCCCCACCAGAACCUGCCAGGCUCUUCUGCAGAAGGUGUUCUUGGAGCCUUUCUCCCAUGUUUUGGGUCAAGCAAAGUCCAAACAGGUCCUGAUCAGCACAGCUCAGUCUGACCUAAGACAUUUGAACUGCCUGCACCGAUUGGGCAUUCUCAUCGGUGUGACAGACUGGAUCAGAGACUACCAGAACAAGCUCCACCCACCUCAAAACCACAACAUGUACAAAGAAAACAUGGACCAGGUCAAGUCUAGUUUGGCAGAUUCAAGCAGCAGUCUGUCAGCUCUGAAUGGAAGUGAAGAUGAGCUGGUUGAUGAAGACAUUACAGACUCUGACCUCCGACCAGGCUCGGAAACUGAGGAAGAGGAGGACGAGGAGGAGAUGUAUGAGCUGGCCUCAAAUGCUAAUGAAGAGACUUCAAGCAGCAGUGAAGCUGAGGGAGAGAACGGAGAAGGGCUUCUUAAUAAAACUGGUGAAGAUGCAGAGGAGAGGAAGGCCGGCGUCGAGUCGGAGAGCCCACUCUGUUUCCAAAAAGCCAUACUUGAGGACAUUAGGAAAAGCGAGUUUGGCAUUGGGGUGGAACUGUCUGCAGAGGGCCAGAGGCUGAUGGAGGUCCAGCAGGAGAGGCUGGGCCGAGGCUUGGACCGCCUCUCCACAGAACUUUACAGCAAAGACACACACUUUGUCCUGGAGCUCAUUCAGAAUGCUGACGACAACAGCUACUCCUCAGACACCACGGUCCCAUCGCUGGCCUUCGUGGUGGAGCAGGACUGCAUCACCGUUCUGAACAACGAGAGCGGCUUCCAGGAGCAGAACAUCCGGGCCAUCUGUGAUGUGGGCCGCAGCACCAAGGGCAAACACAAACAUGGAUACAUUGGACAAAAGGGCAUUGGCUUUAAGUCUGUGUUUAAGGUCACAGACUGUCCUGAGAUCCACUCCAACGGCUUCCACAUUCGCUUUGACAAAAGCUGCGGCCCUAUGGGAUACAUCCUCCCCCACUGGACCGAGGACGAGAGGCCUCUGGACCCCCAGCUGAAGCUCUUCAAUCAGCACAGCUGGACCACCAAAAUAAGACUUCCUCUGCGCUCUGAGAGCCGUCAGACCAGGAACCUGUUUCAUGAUGUGCACCCUUCUCUCCUGCUCUUCCUGCAUCGCCUGCGGUCCAUCACCAUCUACAACCAUAGCGAGAAACGCCUCGUGACCAUGACCCGCAAAGACCUCAGUCACAAUGUUCUGGAGGUGGAGCACUCAGAGGGCAUCGAGCGCUGGCUGGUGGUCAAAACUACCCUGCAUCCCAAAAAGGUAAAACAAGAUGUUGAGUCGACUGAGCUGGCUCUGGCGUUCCAGCUGGGCAGUGGCACAGCAGAAGAUCUCAGGUGCCAGCCUCAGAAGCAGCCAGUGUUCGCGUACCUGCCUCUCCGCAGUUUUGGUUUUCGCUUCAUUAUCCAAGGAGACUUUGACAUUCCCUCUUCUCGGGAAGAUGUUGACAGGGACAGCUCCUGGAACCAGUGGCUUCGAUCUGAAAUACCACAACUUUUCCUGCAGGCCAUGAAGGUCUUUACUGAUCACUCAGAAUUCAAAGGGCUUAAAGGCCUUUGCCGCUUCCUGCAGUUCAUACCCCUUCCUGAUGAAGUGUUGGACUUCUUCAAGCCUGUUGCCGGGCAGAUUAUUCAGCUGUUGAAGGGCAAGGCCUUUCUACCAACACGUGACUCAGAUGGUGGCGUUGUGUACAAACUACCAUCUCAAGUGGCCAUCUGUCAGGACGCCGUGAUCCGCAACGUAAUCAGCAGUGAGGAGCUGGAAAAGCAUCUGUCUCUGUCUUAUCUCCAUCCAGAUCUGAGUCCAACACCUCCCACCUCUCUGCUCACUCAACUGGGAGUCCGAUACCUGCGGGGGUCUGAUGUUACCACGGUAACCACAGCCAUGACUAAGGAACUAGUGAAAGCAGGGGGGCUUCAUAAAGAGCAAAAUAUCCGUCAGCUGGCCAGGUUGCUGGUCUGCAACUUCCGAGCUAUGGAGCAUGGCUUCGGAGAUGCAGAAUCCAUCCUGCAAAACCUUAAAGAUCUACCCAUCAUCCCUCUGGCCGAUGGAAGCGUGGUGACCCUAAACGGGGAGGGAGUGUUCUUCCCAGUGGAGGAAACAAAGACAAAGAAAAAGAAAGCUCAGGGUCAGACAGGAGCAGUUUCUGCCCUGUACAGGGAUGUCAGCGUGGUUCACCCGUCUCUGCUGAGCUGUUUGGAGCCCCUGCAAAGCCAGCAGGUCCGAGAGCUGCUCAAAAGACUCGGCGUUCAUGAGCUGAAGCCCCAGGAGCUGCUGGACCAGCACAUCUACCCCACAAUAAAGAACAACAAAUGGAAGUCAAAGCCUGAAGCUGUAGUUGUCAGUUAUUUGGUUUUUAUCAAGCAUCACUCGGCGUCGAGCCAGGAGUAUGCAGACAUGGCGGUGCCCGUCCUCACCUCCAGGGGUUUGCUGUGUUCAGCCACUGAAAGAGUGCACUUUUCCAAGGAGUACAGAAACAUGGAUCUGCAUGAGACGCUGCCUGGCUGUGAUUGGACCCUGGUGAGUCCCUGCUAUGUGGAGACAGACGGGGAUGUGGAAGGAUGGAGAGAGCUGCUCAGCAGGCUGGGAGUCAGAGAUGGUCUCAUCCUCCGCAAAGAGCGGCGAACGCUCACCGCUGAGGAGCUGGCUCGUAGUCCCUGGUCAGCUGAAAGUGCGUCGUGGGACCUCAGUGCGGCUCAGGACUGUGUGCUGGAGGAUUACCCCUGUGAGGAGUUUGGGAUCCUGGCCACAGCGCAGCUUCCAGGCUCAGAGCAGCUGCAGCAGAGGAUGGCUCUACUGCAGCUGCUGGAGGCUAACUGGGACUCUGGACAUCUUUACUCUCAGUUCCUCACUGCUCAAGUGAUUGACAGCAAUGGACGGCCAAUCAGAAACACCAAGUCCUCCUUCCACCAUCUUCUGUGCAGCCUUGAAUGGAUUCCAGCUUAUCAGCAACAGGAGGGAGAACAAUUGGAGAAGACGUUUCUGCGUCCAGGCUCAGUCUACCUGUCACUACCUGAAGUUACCAGCCUGCUUGGAACUCACGUCUUUUACGUUGACUUAAACUCCAGCGGGUUCAGCAGAGCUCUGGGGAUCAGAGAAACCAUCUCAGUGGAGGUUCUGAUCCAAUAUCUGAAGGACUGGUGCACCAAACCUCUGGCACAGAACCAGGAGCAGCAUCCUGAGCAGGAGUCAGAGGGGGCCAGUUUCACUACAACCGUUCAGCACAUCUACAAUGUCUACUCGUACCUGCAGACACACUGCCCUCAGAGCAGCCUGAAGGAGCUGUUCCAGCACAGCCCGGCUGUGUUUGUGGAGACCCACAGACGUAAUGAAAACUGGUGUUUUGGGCGCUUCUACCACCUAAAGGAAGUGUGCUGGAGUGAUACAACUACCAUGUUCAGCCGUUACAGGCAGCUGACCCAAAAGCAAGGCAGCUCUGUCCAGGAGCCCAAGAUUCUGGCGCUUUUCUACAGCCAGCUGGAAGGCAUGGAAAAGUUCUUCACCAGACUGCUGGAGGUGAACUCCAGCCCCACCAUAGCACAGUAUGUCAGUUUACUGGAAGUAAUCUGCUCUUCGUCUCCCACACCGACUGCUGCGGUGCUGCAAGACGUGUCGGUGCUUUUCGCCAGACUUGCCCAGUUAUGUCAAGACCAGGAAAAUCCCCAUGAGCUCAAUCAAGGUUACUGCUCCACACUGAAAGGCAUGGUGUCUGAGAAAAGGCUCUUCCCCACCAAAGACAACAGAUGGGUGAGUCUGGUUCAUAAACCCAUGAUCAGCGACAAGAAAGAGCUGGAGAAGAUCUUCAAAGCCGAGCCCAGUCUGUGUCUGCUCCACCUGCCGCCAGCUGAGAAGAAGGCUGUUUACAAGAGUAAGACAGGUCAUAAAGCUGCAAAGGAUCAAGCUGCAGAGCCGGCCUUCAGCGAGUCGGACAGACUGGUGUUUUUGGAGAUCUGUGGCAUCUGCCGGCUGUCCCAGUGCGUCAAAUGUGAGCCACAGACCGAGAUGCUAAAGCCCUGUCCGUCCCUUCAGGCCCUGGUGCGUUCAGUCGUGCCCUACAUCCAGAAGUUUCUCUUCCAUCAUGAUGAGCUGUCGGAGGUUUACCUGGAGCUGAGCAAGAGGAGCAUAGCAGAGAAAAUCAAGUCCCUUUCUUUUGCACAGGUGGAAAAGCUCUACAUGGUCUACAGGCUGAAUGUGGCAGAGAAAGAAGUGGUAGAGACUCAGGAUGUUGUCUGUCUGCUGAAGGACGAGAAGGAGCUUUACAUUCAAAAAGAUCACCUCUCUUCCAAGCUGGAGAUCUGCAGGGAGCUGGUGAAGCUUUUCUGCACCGAUGAAGGCCACAAAAAAGAACUGCAGCAAUUUUUAAACACUCUUGUGACUCUGUCUGGG